GUUUCAUUUGUGAAUGUGCCGUUCGUGAAUGACGCUGAGAUGCGAAGCGAGCGUUUUAUCGUGAAGUAUAUUACGACGAACAAUUGUUUCGCACAUCUGUCAAUUUCUCCGCUGCGCCGCUUGGAAUCUAAGGAGAAUGCGAUCGAAAUAUUGCACAACAAAAAGACAUACUAUCUUUCUUGUGUCGGUUGCAUUAGUGUCAAUGAUGAUGUCUUAUCUAUCGGGGCAACAUUUGCGAGAAGUUUGAAUAUCCAAGAGGGAGACGAAGUGCGUGUGUCCUCUGUGAAAAAAGUACCUUCGUUAAGCAGCAUUCACAUUGUUCCACGCACGGCGAGCGAUCGCGAGCUUCUGGAAUUGCAAAUGGAAAAGAUGCAAUCGAGUCUCCUGAGCCAAGUGAGAAUUGUCGCGAAAGGACAGCCGAUCGUGGCGUGGAUCUCAAAGUUUUCCUCCGUGACUUUCAGCGUUGCGGAUACAGAACCACGAUUCGCGUAUGGAAUGCUCGAGGAAUUCACAGAAGUGCAUGUGCUCGAUGCGAGUGCGGACACAAUGAUAAAGGACGCGGAAGAGGCUAGGAAGAUAGGCAAUUCUUUGGCCAGGAUCUUACCUUACUUCGCUAAAGGAAAAGAUAAUCGCGAUUCGGGGGACUGUGCCGCAAAUUAUGCGUUACUGCCGCGCUUUCGCAAUAGAACCGUGCCUUGCGUGUUUCGCGCAUAUCCUCUGCCGGACUUCCCGUCCUGCGAUAAAUCAAAUGCCUACGACAUAAUCCUACGAUGCCCCUCCAACAUUCUGAUUCGCAGGGACUGUUUGCCGAAAGGCGCAAAAUCAAAUGGAAAGAUGAUAUGUAAAGUCAGGAAAGUGUCAAAGGAUCGGACGAAUAGAACAAAUUUCCUGACGACUGUGGAUUCUUCUUUUAAACCUCCGCAAGAAUUAGUUGCGAGAAUUUACGUUCUCGAAGACAUUUUGGAUAAAUGUUCUGCGUCGUUAGACAGAGACUAUUUCGACUUAAAUUCGAUUCACUCUUGUGCGUACAUGUCCUUGAGUUUAAGCAUCACUCUCGACUUAGAAGCUGGCUGCCGAGUGAUCGUACAGAUGAUCGAAGAGGUCGAACCGCCAAAGCCAUCGUCGAUUAACAUUUUUCUCUCCCAUUCCACGAUAGCGUCAGAAUUUUUUUUUGAAAAUUAUCUGAAACUCCAUUCGAGGCACGAGCCGCUGCUGCUUAAUGCGGACGCGACGAUUCCAUUUGACGACGGUGAAUGCAUCAUACGAAUGUCACCCGCGGAUUGCAAUUAUGUAAUAGUAACGAGGGAUAUCAUAAAUUCGGAUGUCUUGAUCAAUCUGGUCCCGCCUCCAUCAGGUGGAUACCGCGAGGAAAUAUUUGAAAAGUGUUUUCAGAAAAAUACGAGGAUGGAAAAAAUUUCUACCAGAUAUAUAGAAGGUAUUCUUAAAGAUUGCAAGACUGUGCUCGAUCUCAGCUUAGGUUUACGAAGAGUGGACUUUCAGUAUGAUCGGGAGAAUAUUUUGAUCUGUGGUAACGUUGGUUCCGGUAAAACGACCAUCUGCAAUAAGCUAAUAGAGUGUUAUAAGGGGGCGCCGUAUUUCGUGUACACGACCGUGAUCGAGUGCAGACUGCUCAGAGGCAAAAAGGCAGAGACAAUACAGAAGACUCUUACACACUGGAUGAAGUUGUGUGUGUAUUAUCAACCAUCUAUACUGUUUCUGGAUGAUUUGGAAUGCAUUACUAACGCAUCAUUAAAUGACGAGAAAAAUACGAUAGACGCAACGAACGAUUCCAGAGUUACGGAUAUGCUGAUCAACACCAUCAUGCAAUACCAAGAGUCUCAUUACAUUUCGGUCGUCGCCACUUGUGUCGACGUGAGCAAAAUUGGCUUGAGAUUACGACCGGCCAGAGGAGCGCAGUUCUUUAAGACAGUCUUACAGAUCCCGAAUCUCGAGAAGGUGGAUAGAAUCGAUAUUUUGCGAUUAACGCUCGAGGACAAGUUGUGCGUGCCUGGAGACAUGAAUUGGAAUUACUAUGGAAACAAGACCGAGGGUUGGAUGCCCCAGGAUCUCGUCGACUUGACGGAGAAAUCGCGGUUCGUCGCGUGGAAGCGCCACGUGAAAGGAAGACAGAAAGCGCCGAUUAUUAUGACGGAGGAGGACGUUAAUACCGCAUUGGAGGGUUGCACGCCGAUGUCUCUGCAGGGUGUGCAGUUGUACAAGAGCGGCGGCCAUUCUUGGUCCGACAUCGGCGGACUAGCAGACACGAAGAGUUCCCUCACAGAAAUUUUGCAGUGGCCGCUCAAGUACCCGGAGAUCUUCAAGAACGCUCCGAUAAAGCUUCAGAGCGGCGUUCUAUUGUACGGGAUGCCAGGCACUGGGAAAACGAUGCUGGCCAAAGCGAUCGCCGGCGAGUGCGGUGUAAAUCUGAUCAGCAUUAAGGGUCCAGAAUUGUUGUCGAAGUACAUAGGUGUCAGUGAGGAGUCUGUAAGAGAUGUAUUCGAAAGAGCUCGUCGUGCCAAACCGUGUGUUUUAUUCUUUGAUGAAUUCGACAGUCUUGCACCCAGACGCGGACACGAUAACACCGGAGCCACUGAUCGGGUGGUGAAUCAACUGCUGACGCAGCUUGACGGAGUCGAGGAUCGCGAGGGGGUAGCAGUUGUGGCAGCGUCCUCGAGGCCCGACUUGUUGGAUCCGGCUCUUUUGAGACCAGGACGCCUCGACAAGUGUUUGCAUUGCCCUUUACCGAACGAGUUGGAAAGAGAGGAGAUCUUCAAAGUUUUAUGCAAUUCCCAAAACAUAGACGUAAGCGAGCUGAACCUGAAGGUAUUGGUCCAACUCUCUGAUGGCUUUACCGGGGCCGAUAUUAACGCGGCGAUUACCUUGGCGAGACUGUCGGCGUUUGAAGUCUUGGCGGCUGCGACGGACGGCAAAGUCAAUGCCACUGCCAUCAAAGUUACGCAAACACAGCUUGUGGAGUCUAUCAGGUCGACAAGACCAUCCUUAUCCACUGCCGAAAAGUUGAAAUACACCAAAAUUUAUGCCCGAUUUUCUAAUGAGGCUAACUUGACGGAGGACGAGCUCAAGAAUCAGAAGAUGACACUGGCCUAAUCCGAAUCUUUUUCUUUAAAUCAAGUCAAUGUUUUUCAAGAAGGAAAAAACUAUGUGACAAAGUCAGGAUAUAAGGAGCAUGUAUUAAAUUUUAUAUUUGGAAGAAAGAAUAACAUUCAUUACAAUAAAGAUUUCUUCUUAGGCGAUA